CUUGCUCUUGUUACGUACAAAUGGAGAAAAAGACAUUUAUCUAUGGAUGAUACGAUCGAAGAGUUCCUUCAAAGCCAAAAUAAUCUGGUGCCAAUAAGGUAUUCUUUUAAAGAAAUUAAAAAAAUGAAAAAAAAUUUUAAAGAUAAAUUAGGUGAAGGGGGUUAUGGCUCAGUGUUUAAAGGAAAGCUUCGUAGUGGGCAUCAUGUGGCAAUAAAAUUGUUGGGCAAGUCAAAAGGUAAUGGCCAAGAUUUCACAAAUGAAGUUGCUUCUAUUGGGAGAAUUCAUCAUGCUAAUGUGGCAAAACUUAUUGGAUUUUGUGUGGAGGGAUCAAAGCAAGCUCUGGUAUAUGACUUCAUGUCUAAUGGAUCUUUAGAUAAAAUCAUAUUUACAGAAGAAAAUAAGAACACUUUGGGCUGGAAAAAAAUGUUUGAUAUUGUGCUUGGAGUGGCUCAAGGAAUUCACUACUUGCAUCAAGGAUGUGACAUGCAAAUCCUACAUUUUGAUAUCAAGCCACACAAUAUUCUUCUUGAUGAGAAUUUUAAUCCAAAAGUUUCCGAUUUUGGUCUUGCUAAAUUGUAUUCAGUAGAUGAUAGCAUUGUCUCUCUCACUGCGGCACGAGGAACGAUAGGAUAUAUUGCUCCUGAAUUGGUUUACAAAAAUCUUGGAGGCAUCUCAUACAAAGCUGAUGUUUAUAGUUUUGGAAUGUUACUGAUGGAAAUGGCUGGAAGGAGAAAGAAUGUGAAUGCAUUUGCUGACCACACUAGUCAAAUAUAUUUUCCAUCUUGGAUUUAUGACCGAUUGGAUCAAGGAGAAGACUUGGAGUUGGGAGAUGUUUCUGACGAUGAAAAAGCAAUGGUGACGAAGAUGAUAAUAACAGCCUUUUGGUGUAUACAAUUACUUCCUUCUAAUCGUCCUUCAAUGAACAAAGUCUUGAAGAUGCUUGAAUCUGAUUUUGAACUCCUUGAAAUGCCUCCUAAGCCAUUCCAUCAACUUCCUCUUGAAACAUCAAUGAAGGUUGAUAGCUGUGAGAACUCUAAUGACGAGUCAAGUACAUCAUUGGAUACUGUUAUUAUAACAAGUUCAAAUAUUGCAUAAGGAACGAAAUUCGGAUGCUUUAAUUCGAAAACAAGCAGAAAAUGAUUAAAUUGAAGGAUGAGCAAUUGAAGAGGGGUCGAAUCAGAAAUUUGGAGACAUUUUGGGGGUGAUCAGAUUUUUUACUUUGUAAAAGCCAAAAUUAGAAAAGAAAUCUAGUAUUUAUUUCAUGUAAUUAGUGGAUAGGUGGGACUAGCCUAAUUUUAGCAUAUGAUUUAUGUAUAAAUAGGUUACAUAGUGAACUUGAAAAAAUACAUCUUGAUUUGCUUGGAAAUUGGAUAGAAAAAAAAAUCUAUUUAUUUUCU